UAAGUACACUAUGGAAGUGUACUACUUUUUCACCUGGGAGUCUCAGUCUUAGAUGUUUGUUUGAUCUAAAUGUGAAUGAGCUUCACUCACUUGCGCUAUUGUUGCCAAAUAAUGAAAUAAAAUGUUGAAAUAAGUUUCCUGUGAAGUAAUAAAGGAUGUGAAUAAACCUCAAGAUCCAGGUUAAAGUUCUUCAAAGUGGUUCUGCACUUCAGACAUUGAAUGCUGAUACAUACAGUGAAGAAAAUGUGGGCUUGUGUGUUUUUACUUUGCUUGACAGGUGUGUUUGGUGUUUAUCCAGAUCCAGUGGACUUCAAGUCGGUGACAGAGGGAGAUUCUGUUACUCUAUACACUGAUCAAAAUGAUAUACAGAGAUAUAAAGAAGUACUGUGGACGUUUGGAGAUCAUGAUCAUUGUAUAGCUGAAAUCAAUAAAGUGAAAAAAAUAAGUGAAACAAAAGAUUUUCGGGAGAUGUUCACAAACAAACUGAAGCUGGAUGGAACGACUGGAUCUCUUACUAUCACAAACAUUGAAUUUAAAAACUCUGGACCAUAUAAACUACGACUCGUUGACAGCAAAAGAACUUCUGAGUUUAAAUUCAACAUUACUGUCUAUGCUCGUCUGCCCAUUCCUGUCAUCUUCAGCAAAGUCUCAUCACAAUGUUCAUCAUCAUCGGUCUCAAAAUGUGUGUUGUUGUUGUGUUCGUCAGUGAAUGUGAAAGAUGUGAGUCUGUCCUUGUACAAAGGAAACAGUUUAUUGUCUAGCACCAGUGUGUCUGAUCUCAACAUCAGACUCUCUCUAUAUCUGGAGGUUGAAUAUCAGGAUACAAACACAUACAGCUGUGUGGUGAACAAUCCCAUCACAAACCAAACUCAACAGUUCAACGUCAAUGAUGUCUCUCAGAUUCAUCCAAACUACCGAUGUUUCAGUUUUACUGAAGCUGUGAUCCGAAUGGUCUUCUCAGCUCUGGUGGGUGUGGCCAUGGUUGCUAUAGUGAUUUAUGACAUCAGAUCCAGAAGACUUGAACUUAAUCCGAAGGAUCAGACAUCAACGUCAAACCCGAAAUGAUGCACACAGUGGUGGCUCGCGAAAAACGGAUGCAAAACUCGCGAAAACGUCAAAAUAUGUGUUCCGUGCGUUGUGAACCUAUGUGCAUCGCGCGUCAUGUCAAAAUAAGUGCCUGCUACAGACGCUUCGUAAGGGUUUAUGAUAAAAGAGACGCUUGCAUUGGCUAGAUACUCACUUAAUCGUAUGUGUAAUCAGAGUUUAGUGUUAAAUUAGUGUCUUGCGAGACUUGUGAGCGUGUCUUUUUUCAUAAACCCUUUGGAGACGUAUGCAGCAGACACGUAUUUUGACAUGAAGCGCAAUGCACGUAGGUUCACGAAUCACGACAUUAUAUUAUGAACAUGUAUAAAAAUGCAAAAAAUGUUUUAGUUAAUGAUUUCUUUGAAUAAUCACAAUUUUUAUUUUUUAAGUAAUUUUUAAAAAAUUCAUUUACAUUUUCUGUAGUGUACGUAAUAAAGUAAUUUGUAAUUCA